AUGUGUGAGACACGUAAGAGCACAUCACAAUCUGAGUUUGUUCAGAAAUUGUUGAAUCAUAUGCAUGAGCUCCAGCCCACGAGUACAUCUCAUCACGACAACCGUAGGCCGUUUAUGUUACCAGGGUUGGCAACAGCUACACAUGCUUUUGUGCGCAACGACACAGUGAAGCCUGCAUUAACUCCACCAUACAACGGCCCUUACGACGUUGAAAGUCGAGCUCCUAAAACCUACGUGCUCAAGAUCAACAACAAAUCUGUCACGGUUUCUAUAGAUCGCAUUAAACCUGCCUUUGUUAGCCACUCUCCGGAAGAAGCGCAACAUCCAGUGCAACUAGUGCCCGCAUCAGGAACUAAACAUCAGACGACUGAUUCUGAAGAGAAACAACCUACUUCGACAAAUUUAAAGACAAGGCUGGGACGAACAGUCAGACUUCCAUCACGCUACGCUCUUUAG